UAACUAUUGUUUAGUGUCUGUCUAUCUGUCCGUCUGUGUGUAUUUGUGUGUGCUUUACGUAUACAUAAAACACACAUCAACACACACAUGCACUCGCACACUAAACUGAAGCCUCAGAAAAAGGGUUGAUCGCCGAGUGCCUUUUGAUCUGGUCUCGCGCCGCUUUCGCACGCUCCUCAUCCAUCCAUCUCAUUGUGAAAACCUUUUUUUUUAAUAUAUGCCUCUUUUUUUCAUCUAUAUCUUUAAGUCCCUCCUUUUCAUUUAGUAAAUUAAAAACGUGUGAUUAUAAACGUUUUUUUUUUUUUUUUUUUUGCAAAAACAUUUUGUGCAAAAGUUUUUGCCAUGUAGCCUAAAAUAAAUUAGAACAAAAAUUUAUUCAGCUGCUUACUGACUUCUGAACUGCUGGUCAUGUGAAGUCAUUAAAAUUGUUCCUCAUUUCAUGCUUAAUUUGUGCUGUGACUCCAUCAGCAGCUAUUAUUUCUGUUCCAGCCUCCUCCUCCCGCUGCCUUCUCACGCACACACAAUCCUAAAUAUUUCCAAGAAUCGAAACCCCCGCUGCAUCUGCAUGCUCUCCUCCCACCUUCAUGCACAUCCAGACAUUGAGUUUCUCCAAAUUUCUCGAAGCCGCUCCACCUUUGCUUUGCCCCAUCCUACGUGCAACAGAGACCAGGUGGCAUUAGCAGGCUGAUGAUUUCUCAGACCGCGCGCUUUGGAGGGGCUCUCGACAGCAUGUGCAGGUUGUAGAGAGACCGAUGGACAGAUGUAAACAGAUAGAACGGAAUCUCCCAUUUCCCUCAUCGCCUUUGUCUUCUCCUCUGUCACGGCUUCAACCUCUUCUUUAUGUUUUUGUUUGACGCUUCCUCUGUACUUCUCUCUGCUGCAGCUUCUAGUCUAUUUUCCAUUCAGCCUACACUGACAUGGACACUAAGCUGAAAUCGCCUGCACGCUCAACCUGAGGGCAGACUUGUAGCUUAGGCCUACACCAGCUUCUUUACGCCAACCACGUUCUUAUGGACCGCUGAAGGGCGGGCUUAAUAAAUCCCUCUUGCUCUUAUUUAGAUGGGGAGGGGAUGUCGUCAUGAAGAAACAUGAAGGACCCCCACCGCCUCUUGUUUUGCUCUGUCUUUUGCUUUUUGUCUCAACUCUGCUCCAGUGUUAAAACAUCACCACUUCAGUCUAUAAAUUAUGUUUUGCAGAAAAAAAAAGUUAAUUAGAUCGAGAACAAUCGAGAAGGAGAUCGGGCCGGCAAGCUGCUGAUCAUGACUGGCUAAAUUAAGCAAAACCACAGAAGUGAUAGAACGCCAAAGAAGAAAGAAGGGGAGAGCGACAAAGAGGAGUACAUAUAGACACAGCGCUCCUCAUCUCCUCAUCUCCACAGCAACAGCGCUCACACUCCAGCAGACUUCUGGAGGGAGGCUUCAGCUCGAUCACCAUCUUUGGUGGGAAGGGAAAGGCAGUUGGAGGAAGAGAGACCAAUGAAAAGACUUCAACUCAUCCAUCCGUACGCCUUAUGAUCUAGUCACUUCAAAUCUGCUCACCUGUACAGACAUUUUAGGUUAAUUGUCAGUUCUUAAGACUUCUGAAAUCCUGAAAAAAAAAAAAAACCAUAGAUCAGUCAGUCUGGAACUCAUUCCUGACGCACACAAUCCUCCUUCCCUCUACUAGUUCAGAAGCCCCCCGCCCUUCCACCUUCAACCAACCCAAGUUCACUCCAGUGUCCACCAGACUUCUGUCCUCUGUGCGCAAAUUAAUCUCUCUACAUCUAAAUCCCUUCAUCUGAGGCUAUGAGAGGAGGAUUCACAUCGCAGGCCACUCCAUCAUGCCCGUUCUGAAGAGCAGAGAGGAGAUCCAGGCUGGCAAUGUUCAAGGGACGGCAUUUACAAUUCUCCACGAUGCUUGUCAGCCUCCACCAUUCUCCCUCCCAUCUUCAGGACAAGUGUUUGGUGUCUCCCUCCUCAACUCGGCACUCUCCUCCUCCUUCGGACCAGUCGUGCCAUCGCUCUCAACGCCAGCCACGGCUCACCCUGCCCUUUCUCUCCUUGUCCUCAUCUCUGCUCCUACUCUCCAUACUCCUGUUGCCCAUCUGCGAACCCCGGAGAGUUGGGGGGCCAGGAACAGGGCCUGGAGGUUCCCCAGGUGGACAAGGAGGUCAGAGAGGAGGCGGAAACCAGAGGGGCGCUGUUAUCCCUCCUCAUUACUCUCCGGGUUCGCCAGCACUUCCUCCUAACGCCCCCAAACUGAUCAGCUCGCUCAGCAUUGCCGUCAUCCUGGUGGGCAAUUCCAGUGAAGUAACCCUUGGUGCAGGACUUGAGAAAGAGGACUUCCUCCACAUCCCUUAUCCCCCUAAAGUUGAGGUGGUCACCAUGAACGAGACGGACCCAAAGAGCAUCAUUAACCGGAUCUGUGCGCAGAUGAUGAGGAACUCUCUACAAGGCGUAGUGUUUGGUGACGACACGGACCAGGAGGCCAUCGCUCAGAUCCUGGACUUCAUCUCUGCUCAGACACACAUUCCCAUCCUGGGGAUCCGAGGGGGGUCCUCCAUGGUCAUGGCUGCCAAGGACGACCACUCCAUGUUCUUCCAGUUUGGCCCCUCCAUCGAGCAGCAGGCGUCCGUCAUGUUGAACAUUAUGGAGGAGUAUGACUGGUACAUCUUCUCUAUCGUCACCACAUACUACCCCGGGUACCAGGACUUUAUCAACAAGGUACGCAGCACAAUUGACAACAGCUUUGUGGGCUGGGAGCUUGAAGAAGUCAUCAUACUGGACAUGUCUGUGGACGAUGGAGACUCCAAGAUCCAAAAUCAGAUGAAAAAGUUGCAGAGUCCAGUCAUCCUGCUCUACUGCACCAAGGAGGAAGCGACCACCAUUUUUGAAGUGGCCCACUCCGUAGGCCUGACAGGUUAUGGCUACACCUGGAUCGUACCUUCGCUGGUGGCCGGUGAUGCAGACCACGUUCCAUCUGUCUUCCCUAUAGGGCUCAUCUCUGUGUCAUAUGACGAAUGGGACUACAACAUCGAGGCCAGAGUACGUGACGCAGUGGCUGUCAUUGCCACGGCAACCUCAACCAUGAUGUUGGACCGAGGGAAACAGACCCUGCAGAAGUCCAGCUGCCUCGGGACGCCUGACAAAAAGGGCUCCAGCAUCGGCCACUCCAAGGAAAUCUUGAAGUACGUCAUGAAUGUGACAUUUGAAGGUCGAAACCUGUCAUUUAGCGAAAAAGGCCACCAGAUGUUCCCCAAACUAGUCAUAAUACUUCUCGACAAGGACCGGCAGUGGGACAGGGUUGGCAAGUGGGAAAGAGGCUCGUUGACGAUGAGGUACCAUGUGUGGCCUCGUUUCGAGCUGUACUCUGACGUGGAGGAGCGGGAGGACCACCUGUCCAUCGUGACUCUGGAGGAGGCGCCGUUUGUCAUCGUGGAGGACGUGGAUCCACUCAGUGGGACAUGCAUGAGGAACACUGUGCCGUGUCGGAAGCAGCUAAAACUCAGCAAUCACACGGGCGAUUCGGGGAUUUACAUCAAGCGCUGCUGCAAAGGCUUCUGCAUUGACAUCCUGAAAAAGAUUGCGAAAACCGUCAAGUUCACGUACGACCUAUAUUUGGUUACCAAUGGUAAACAUGGCAAGAAGGUUAAUGGGACCUGGAACGGCAUGGUGGGAGAGGUGGUGGCGAAGAAUGCUCACAUGGCCGUGGGUUCGCUCACCAUCAACGAGGAGAGGUCAGAGGUCAUCGACUUCUCCGUGCCGUUCAUCGAGACGGGUAUCAGUGUCAUGGUCUCCCGCAGCAACGGCACCGUCUCCCCCUCUGCCUUUCUAGAGCCCUUCAGCGCCGAUGUCUGGGUCAUGAUGUUUGUGAUGCUGCUGAUCGUGUCGGCCGUGGCUGUCUUUGUGUUCGAGUACUUCAGCCCGGUGGGUUACAAUCGCUGUCUGGCAGACGGACGAGAGCCCGGCGGUCCCUCCUUCACCAUCGGCAAGGCCAUCUGGCUGCUGUGGGGCCUGGUUUUCAACAACUCCGUUCCUGUGCAGAAUCCCAAAGGCACCACCAGUAAAAUCAUGGUGUCAGUGUGGGCCUUCUUCGCUGUCAUCUUUCUGGCCUCCUACACUGCCAACCUGGCUGCCUUCAUGAUCCAGGAGGAAUACGUGGACCAGGUGUCGGGCUUGUCAGACAAAAAGUUCCAGAAGCCGAACGAGUUCUCUCCGCCUUUCCGGUUUGGUACGGUGCCCAACGGGAGCACAGAGCGCAACAUCCGCAACAACUACAGAGACAUGCACGCCUACAUGACCAGCUUCCACCAGAAGAAUGUAGAUGAAGCCCUGUACAGCCUGAAGACGGGGAAACUGGAUGCUUUCAUCUAUGACGCAGCAGUGCUAAACUACAUGGCUGGCAGGGAUGAGGGCUGUAAGCUGGUAACCAUUGGCAGCGGCAAAGUAUUCGCCUCCACAGGCUACGGCAUCGCCAUUCAGAAGGACUCGGGCUGGAAACGAGCCGUGGAUCUGGCUAUCCUCAUGCUGUUUGGAGACGGUGACAUGGAGGAGUUCGAGGCCUUAUGGCUGACAGGAAUCUGUCACAACGAGAAGAACGAGGUGAUGAGCAGCCAGCUGGACGUAGACAACAUGGCGGGGGUCUUCUACAUGCUCGGGGCUGCCAUGGUCCUGUCACUGAUCACCUUCAUCUGUGAACAUUUGUUCUACUGGCAGCUGCGUUUCUGCUUCAUGGGCGUGUGCUCGGGGAAGCCCGGGGUCACGUUCUCCAUCAGCAGAGGUAUCUACAGCUGCAUCCAUGGGGUACAAAUCGAGGAAAACAAGUCAACCAUUGACUCACCAUCUUCUACCAUAAAGAAGAACAUGAACAACACCCACUCCAACAUCCUACGGUUACUUCGAACUGCUAAGGACAUGACUGCAGUCCCAGGCGUCAAUGGCUCUCCACAUGCAGCCCUAGAGUAUAGCCACAGUAGCCGUGAAGCGGCCAUCUAUGAUAUCCAGAAGCACCGGCACAGCCUGGUGGGUCACCCUGCAGAUUGUAAGUCUGCUCCGCCCUAUCUUCCAGAGGAUCCCAUGUUCAGUGAUUAUAUCAGCGAGGUGGAGAGGACUUUUGGCAACUUGCCCCUGAAGGACAGCAACCUCUACCAGGAGCAUUACCGGCACCACCACCCGGCCUCGGCUCUGGGUAUGUCCGGCCCCCCACCCAAUAGGCCGCGUAGCUUAGGCAGCGCUAGCUCGUUGGAAGGUGGCAUGUUCGAUGCUGACAGUUUGGGGGGAGGGGUAGCGCCCAUUUUCACCACCCAGCCCCGCCCCUCAAUGACUCACAGGAAUACAAGUAAAUUUGACCUGAUUGCAGGCCACACCGCUGCAGAUACCAAUCAGGGUGGGUUCAAAGGAAGCAAUGUUUACGGGAGGUUUUCUUUCAAAGGAGGAGCAUCCAGCACUGGGCUCAUCGGGGGACACGACAGGUACUGUGGCGGGGGAGGGGGAGGCUCAGGGGGUGACGAUGGGAACAUUCGCUCUGAUGUGUCGGAUAUCUCCACGCACACUGUUACCUAUGGAAACCUGGAGGGCAGCACCAAGAGGCGUAAGCAGUACAGGGACAGCCUGAAAAAGAGGCCAGCCUCCGCGAAGGUCAGACGGGAGCAGGACGAGAUAGAGCUGAACGCCUUCAGGAAGAGACCCCACCACCACACCGUCCACCACCACUUCCCCCAUGGGCCUCUGGCACACCGCCCGGUCUCACCUCCCCUGGAGCGGAAGAGGGGAGGAGGAACGGGUAAUUCUUCACCUUACAUAUUCCGCAAAGACAAAGACAACCUGAGGGAUUUCUAUGCGGACCAGUUCCGCUCCAAGGAGGGCAAGGCCAAGUGGGAGCAAGAGGGUGGAAGUGGAGGAAGCGGUGCAGGCGGUGGUAGUGGUGGUGGUAUCUGUAAAAGCUUAGUGCCUGUGGAAGACUUCCUCAAAGGUAAAGGGAAGAAAACAGAGUGCAAAGGUGGGAUUGGUGGAAUGUCAGCAGGGCAACAGGCUCAUACUUGCUGGGAGAAAGGAGUUUCUGGCCUUGGAGGGGGAGGUAUAGCAGGGGGUGACUGGGAGUGUCGUAACUGCCACACUGUGUGUCAUCACAGUGGAGGAGGAGGCAGCACGUGCUCAGCUAGCGGAGUUGGGGGGAGUGGCAGUCGCCCCAGCUCUGCUACGCUCUGCAAACGCUGUGAUUCCUGCAAGAUACAGCCAAGCAACCUUUACAACAUCAGUGAGGAUAACAACAUGAUUUUUAGUGGUCUGAAGAGCAGCAUAGGACCUAGUCAGACCCAGACUCAUACACAGCGCAGGAAACUAGGGCCAGGGGGGAAGGUGUUACGGAGGCAGCACUCUUACGAUACAUUUGUAGAUCUGCAGAGAGAGGGAGCUGGUCGCAUGGGUGGGGUUGGAGGAGGUAUUGGUGGGCAGUUUGUUCAGCCCCGAAGUGUGAGUUUGAAAGAAAAAGACCGUUACAUGGAGGGCCCCAGUCCCUAUGCACACAUGUUUGAGAGGUAUUCGGGUGAAAGGGAAUCUCCCAUGUUUGGAGGAAUAGGAGGGGAUAGAGCAGCAGGAGGGUCCUCCUUCAGUUUGUACCGUGGAGGAGAAGGUGGGUUGCAUCGACGUUCAGUGGGGGAGAGAGACCUGAGGGACAGAGACAGAAGUAUGAUGGGAGGAGGGGGCUGUGGUGGUGGUGGUGGUAACAGAGGGGCUGGGACUUACUCCUUGUCUAAAUCUCUCUACCCAGAUAAGGUGAACCAGAACCCCUUCAUCCCAACCUUCGGUGACGACCAGUGUCUAUUACACGGUGCCAAACCGUACUACAUCAAAAAGCCACAGACGCAGCAGCAGCAACUUCUCAACAACAGCCGAGGAGGAGGGGACUUCCGCAGCUCCAUGGGAGCGACUUCCUAUUUGCCCGCGUCCGCCACAGCUGGGGUGAUGUCCAAUGUGGCCACAAGGUACCCCAAUGAGCUGUGCCUGGGUGGGGUGGGAGGACCCAUGGGGAACCACCACGGGGCCAACAAACUGCUGCCCGGAGGCAGGGACACGUUAGGUCUGGGACAGGGACAGAGACCCUUCAAUGGUGCCAAUGGACAUGUUUAUGAAAAGCUCUCGAGCAUUGAGUCAGAUGUCUGAGACUGGUCAGAGGAAGAAAGGGAGAGAUAGAGAAGAUGAAGUGGGUGAAGAAAAGAGUGGAAGAGGACAAAAACUAAUGACUUCUCUGUGUGAAGAGAAUGAGGGUACACAACAGUGUGUGUGUUGUUCUCGGUCUUCUAAAAGGAGAGGUUCUGGACAAAACACAGGGGCCUCUGCCACAUAAGGUUUGGCAAAGUUCAAAGUGAGAGAAGUUUUUAAUGAGACGAAAGGAUUCUGGUGCUGCUCCAACGCUUGAGCGAUCUGAAGGGAAGGGAAGGGAGGGUUGGAGGGAGUGGGAAAAGGUGAGAUCAAUUCUCCAGUCUCUGCUCUCCUCACAUCCUUACGGUCUUUCCCUCCUUCCUGCAGUCUGUCCAAACAUUUUGUUUAGCAACGGAUAUACAAUCAUGAAUGAGAAAUCUACACUUCUGCCGAAGUAACAGGGUAAACUAACAAUAAUUGUAUUGAUGAUGUUAAUAAUAUUAUUGAAUAUUAUUCUAGUGUUUAAUGAUGAUGAUCAGUUUGGAUUGUUUUAUAAUAUUAUUAUUAUUAUUAUUCUUAUCAUUAUUUGAUUUAUUUAAAUAGUUCAUGUUAUAUAUUUGUAUGAUCUUAAUUCGUUCUUAGUUCGCCAACAUUACAGGAGGCUGGGCAACCAGUUCACCGAUAUUUGUUGGUUUUCUGUAUCUUCUUUCCUAUAAAUUCUUCAUGUUUUACUUUUUUAACUUUUCUUACUUUGACUGCAGUGAAUUGUAUGUAAGAGGCAUGAUAAGCUGAGAGCAUUAAAUGUACUUUUAAAUUUGUGAUUUUUAUUUUUUUUUUUUUUUCAACUGCAGAAGCAACAUCAUCAUACUGAUUUGCGGUUUUUGUUACUUGCUUCGCCAGUACCAAAAGGGUUUCUCAAUUUGCGCUGGAUGUGCCUUAAUGGGACUUACACUGAUUUUCUAUCCAUUUUCUUUUGAUAGGAAGAUCCUCUCGCAAUCAGUCAACUGAUUUGGGAGCAAAGACACACGAGAAAACCAUUCAAUAUUAUAGUUUUAGUUUCAUCUGGUGCCAUUAAACUAAGCUUGCAAUGAACAAAUUGAAAGACACCAUGGGCAUUAGAUCAAGAGGAAAUAUAUUUACAACAUUCCUUUAUUUUUAACGUUAACAUAACUAUGGGAGGCUUAUUUUAUUUAAAUAAUGUAUUGAUCCCAAGCUCCUUAUACGAAAUGAUAAAGAAACUACCAACGCCAAUAUAAUCUUGAUCCGCUUUAUGGAAAACCACAGAGAUCUAGCAUUACAUAUUGUUUUUAAUACCUUGCAAAAAAAAUAUUGUUACACAUUUAUUUUAAGUAAAAUCAGAAAUACUUAGUUGCAAUGUCUCAUUGAAGUUGCAAUGACACAUUGCAACUUCAGAGUACAUAAAGAUAACGAGGCUACUACAGCCAAAUGCCAGUAUGGGAAUAAAGGCUGGAAAGAGUGAGACAACAGUCCUUCUGGUUCUUUCUGAAGAUAGUAAAAUGACUCGUCCAGCACCUCUGAAGUCUACUAAUUAGUACUGAAUAAGAUAGUUUUGUUUGCAAGUUAAAAAAAGAGCAAAAAUAUUGCUGCCUAUAUGUCAAGUAUAUAUAAGCAGUGAUCCAAAUGUAAGUUGUGUAAUUGAAAAACAGAUGAGCAAACAUUGUGAUUUGUCCUGUGCUGGGAGAGGGGGACUUCAACACCACUGACUCUUUAAGAAAAUGACUGCUUUAUUAGUCCCCAAUUCUUGAAGAUAAUGGUAAAAAAUAGACCAUAGCUGUUCCCUCAGUCGGUGUCUGCAAAGUGUUUACUUUUGCAGAUGAAACAAUCAAAUUGUUGUCAUUUUCUAGGCUCUAGUUUUUAUAAUGCUUUUACCCGCCAAUACCAAUUUUGACUCAUUCCAAUUUCUCUGUAAGAGCUCUAAUAUAAAAUAUCUGAAAUGUGUCUUUAGGUUUUACUCAGUUUGAAACCUAAUGAAAAAAUAAACAAAAAAAAAAAAACAGAAAAAUAUUUCAAGCACUAAAAAUCUGCUACAAUUAGUCUUUUUUUAUUAGCGUGAUUAUAUGAAAAAUAGGUUACCCUAAAUUAUUUUAAGAGUCUUGUGUGGCUUCAGUGCCAGAGGUUGCAGAAGCCAUGUGGCUGGUCGUGUCACUUUGUGCAGCAGCUCUUGUCUAACAGUGUCUGUCAGGACUGUGAGUUAUUUGGGGUUUAUUCUGGGGUCGUAAUUUCUUGUGCUUCACAAAUUAUGACCAAAAUUGGAAUCAGAAACACAAUCAAUGGGAAUGUGGUGUAGAAUAAAAUCCUCAAAAAAAAAAAGCAAUUAGGGUAUGUGAGGAGUGAGCAGGUUUGUGAUUUUUUAUUUUUAUACUUUUUAUAAUGUUUACAAGUUAUUUAACCAAAGGAGAAAUAAACUGGUAAGCAUUGGCUUGUAACAUGGAAUUAGGUUAGGACCACUGGCAAUGAGUGGGUACAAAACAAGGGUAAGAGUUACUGUUGUGUUAAAUUAACCUUAGAGUCAUUUCUAGUUGAAAUAAAACAUCUGUUACACAAUUGUUGACCCACUCUAUACUGGAUUACAUAGUUAGUGUGAGGACAAAUCGAACAUUGUCUGGAAAAGUGGAAAAGUGUAAGUCCUGUAAAGAUGCCACCUUUAACAAAAGUGAUACAAGGCCGCACAGAAGACAAGAGUCAGAGUCAGAAAGCUUACUGAGAAGGCUCAGUAAACUGAGCCUUACUGAGAAGGCUCAGUAAACUGAGCCUUACUGAGAAGGCUCAGUAAGCUGAGCCUUACUGAGAAGGCUCAGUAAGCUUUCUGGGGAAAAACAAGGACUUUUUCUGUAAUAGCAGACAGAACUGUAGACAUAAACCAUAAGAAACAAAACAGCUGCCUGACAGUCUGUUUCAAAUCAGCAUGGAAUCCAUUAAGGUUUUAUUUCCUUUUCUGAUUUGAGAAACAUCUACUUAAAAGGGACAACGUGUAAGUAAUUAACAAGUUGCUAGCAGCAUUAUCAGAGGUCGGCAAAUCACUGUACACGCAUUGAAUACAAAAAUAAGUUGCAGAAAAGUUUUUACUGUACGAUCAGAGGUGCAAAAAUGUCACGCCUUGUGAUGGGCUUGCAGUCCGUCUGCAUAUAUACUAUUCCCUUGCUCAGAUGUAAUCUUUCAGACUCAAACUCUCAGAGAUCUCAGUGCUUUAAAAAGAAAAAAAAAACUUCACUAUGAAUUUAUGUCAUUCCUGUUGGAAACAGGCUUUAAAUAUGGAAAACUGCAAAAAAAAAAAAAAAACAGACUGAAUGGAUGGAUAUAUAAAUAUUUCUCCAUACAUAUUUUUUAAACACGUAUCCAGAUUUUAAAGAUACUAUAGUGAAAAGUCAUUUUUCAGACUAAAUAGAAACUCUGUAGACUUAAACUGAAACUUUGCAAUAACUGUCCAAAAAGUACCCAAAUGCUGAUAAGAUCUGUUUUUAUCUAUUAAACAUUGAAGUGCUUUAUAGUCCAAUGCCACUGGAAGGAAAAAACAAACAGGAAAAAUCACAACUUGCUUACUAAAAUAUAGUAUAUAGCUCGCAGACAUUUUGAUACCUUUUAGACUGAGCCUGACUCGCUGUUUUUGUGCUUUUUACAGUCUUUAUUUCAAAUAAGCACAUAAAAAAAAACUAUAAUCAGUUUCUGAAUUAACUGCAGGCAAUAGAUUAUGCCCACAAAUACAAAAAUGCACUGCUUGUUCAAAGUUGUGGGUCCAAUAUUUUUAGCUACCAAAAUAUAAAAAGCUAUAGCCUUAAACCGUCCUUUGCUGAACUGUAAAGCUGUCACAUAUUUAGACUUUGAGAAAGGAUGAAUUUUGGCUUCAAAUCCAAGCCAAAAUUGGCUUGGAUUUGAAAGUCAACAAAAAGUCAUCUGUUGACUUUUUGGGGAGAAUAUGAGAAUGAGUUAUAUAAACUUUUUGUAUAAAAGGAAAAAAAAAAAAACGGUAUGGCUUUUAGGAUUUUGACACCUACCAAAUCUACAAUUGCCAAAUUACUAACAAUUAGAGAAAAAUAAAUACAUAUUUUCAGUCUCCUUUUGCCAUUUAGCAUGCAGAUUCAGUCAUUUUACCCGCUCUAGAUCUAAUACAGAACCACAAUGUGACUGAAUGAUAUUAACUUGUAAAGCCCACUCAGAACCUUUCUAGACUUUUCUUCUCUUUGGCUGACAAGUCAGUAUGUAUGAUACUUAAGGUCUCUAGUGUUUGUAUGGGUUUGCAUGUAUGUGUUUCUUUUUCUUAUUUCAUUCUGAUGCCGAUGAUCCGUGCAGUUCUGUAGAUGUGUGUGAGUGUUUGAUUUUAUUUUUCUUUCAAGAGAAAACACCAAUCCAAGACUGAAAUUCAUGCUGAAGUGCAUACAAAUAUGGCUGAAUUAAUUGAAACAUUUUUUAUGAAAAAGGUCAUAUUGUGGUGAUUUAAAUACCAGUUUUCUUGACUGUUUCACACUUUUCUUCAAAGCUGAGGUCUUGGUUUGAUUCUUUGUCACUAAGAAAGUGGCUCUUUUUCAUAACCUCUGCUUAUUUUUUGUUUUUUGCUUUUCUCCCUUUUUUAAAAAAAGCUAAAAAAAAAACCUCAUUAUUUGUUAUUGUAUGUGCCUGAAUACAUACGCUUGAUUACCUCUGUGUGUGCUCAUAUGGAAGAGAGGCAGAGUGAGUGAGACCACUGUUUGUUGUACAUGUACAAUAAAAUGAGAUGUAAAUAUCUUACCUCACAUUCAUGAACUUUUGAUAAUAACUGUAAAGAAAAUGAACAGAGUACAUCUAUUUGGGAUAAAUCUUUGAUUAGUCAACAUCCCUUCAACAAAAGUGCUUUUGUAACGACUUCAGGCCAGGAAUUGUGCAAUGAUUUAUUAUUACACUUAGUGCACAUAUUUAAUGAGUGAAGGUCUGUGUUUUCAUUUUGUUCUUGAUUUGGUCUUUAAAAAAAGGAUGUUUUUCUCAAAGAAAAAAAAAUGUACAGGACCUUCAUUUAUUGGUAAACAGAAAGCACAAUUGACAUUUUUACAGAGCCGUUCUAUUUUCCCCUCUUUGUCUUAAAAAAGAAAAGUCUUUGUUUUUUUUUGUGUGUUUUGCUGCAGAGGAUCGAACUUCAUCCCUGAGCUGUACAGAUUGUGAAAAGUGUACAUACAAGAAAACUCUAGUUCAUCCUUGCAUUCUUUUGUAUGGAGAGAUAUUACUUGUGUGAAGAGAGUAUUUCAGAUUUGAUUGAAUAUUUAGUAAUAUUGAAAACGAGAUUAAACACAGUCAAUGUGAAAAUAAGUGCUGAGAAAUAUUAUUCUUCUGUCUCUUUGGAAUAAAGGUGUUGAGUAUUAAUAAAAAAUAAGAAAUCUCAA